GGAGCAGCCGGGAGGGAGCUGCGGAUCGCGAGGCCAGUACCGACCCCGCCCGCCCGCGCGCGCGCCGCCCCCGCCCGCCAUGGCCCGGGACUACGACCACCUCUUCAAGCUGCUCAUCAUCGGCGACAGCGGUGUGGGCAAGAGCAGCUUGCUGUUACGAUUUGCAGACAACACCUUCUCCGGCAGCUACAUCACCACAAUCGGAGUGGAUUUCAAAAUCCGAACUGUGGAGAUCAACGGCGAGAAGGUGAAGCUGCAGAUCUGGGACACCGCGGGGCAGGAGCGCUUCCGCACCAUCACCUCUACGUAUUAUCGGGGGACCCACGGGGUCAUUGUGGUUUACGACGUCACUAGUGCUGAGUCCUUUGUCAAUGUCAAGCGAUGGCUUCAUGAAAUCAACCAGAACUGUGAUGAUGUUUGCCGAAUAUUAGUGGGCAACAAGAAUGACGACCCUGAGCGCAAGGUGGUAGAGACAGAAGAUGCCUACAAAUUUGCUGGGCAGAUGGGGAUCCAGCUCUUUGAGACCAGUGCCAAGGAGAAUGUCAACGUGGAGGAGAUGUUCAACUGUAUCACAGAGCUGGUCCUACGAGCAAAGAAAGACAACUUGGCAAAACAGCAGCAGCAACAACAGAACGAUGUCGUGAAGCUCACGAAGAACAGUAAACGAAAGAAACGCUGCUGCUAAUGCCCCAGCCCACCAGAGACUGCACUGCACCCCCCAGCCCGGGCCUCGGAGGCACCUCGGGGGACAGUCUCAGUUUAGUGCCGUUAUUUAAAGAAUUCUCUCCACGUUUUUUGUAUCGGGAGGCGCCACUGGCACUUCUCCCGCUCUCCCCUCGAGUGCCAAGAAGGUGU